ACUCCGCUCCGGCUCCAGUGGGCGCCGUCUCCUCCCCGGGUGAGACAGACAGACAGACAGUCAGUCGGUCGGUGGGCCAGUCAGUCCGCCAGCCGCCUUCCCGUUCCCUGAGCCUGGCUGUGCGUAUUUCUGCUCCCAGCCCGACCAAACGUUGGGCCCGGCCCUCAACCGCUAGGUGUGUGGCCAGCCAGUGGCGGACUUGUGCUUGACCCGCCGGCCGGGCCUGCCUGUCCUCCCAUUGCCGGUCAACAUCCAUCAGCAUCUCCGGGGUUGGCCGGCCGGCGGCAACUCCCACCCUUCUCUUGGAUCAGCCGGGGUUGGGGGCACUGGGUGAGCAUCUAAAGAUGGCAACUGGUGGUACCCCAUUGUUUGAGGAAAGCAUUGAAGAACCAGACUUGGCCAACUGUACAGUGAACAAUGGAGGUCUGGAUGAUCAGUUAAAUAAUCGGGAUUGGUGUCUUCAGUUUAAGAAGGCCAACAAGUCAUCUGAGAAGAACAAGAAAAGGUUAAGUGGAGGAAGUGAGAGCCGACUUACAAAUGACAUUUCUCCUGAAUCCUCGCCGGGUGUUGGGCGCCGAAGGACAAAAACCCCCAAGAGUUACCCUCCCACAAAGCAUACUUAUCGUUUCUCUGUCUCAGACUCUGCAGAGCUUGAGAGGCUGAAGCAGCGUAUAAACUUCAGUGAUUUAGAUGAGAGGAGCAUUGGGAGUGAUUCUCAUGGCAGAGCCAUGGCUGCAAACAACAAACGUCCACCUGUUGAAAACAGAAAGCCAUUCAACUUUCUUCAGCAGCAGAUCAAUAGCAACAAAAGCAAGGAUCCUGAUUUAAAUCCACAGAGACAAGAAACCAAGUUUGCUGCUUCAGGAGGAGAUUUGUUUGCAUCUAUAAUAAACAAAGAUUCGUUGCAAAGUGAUCAGGUCUUACUUGGAGAUAUCAGAGGAGAAUCUGAAAUAGAGAGUAGUCAGGUCGUGAGCAGACUUAUCCAGAUCCGGGAUUACAUCAACAAGGCUCAAUGCAUGCGGGAAGAUCUAAUGGAGAAAAAUGAAAGAUCUGCAAAUGUUGAGCGUUUGACUCAGCUGAUAGAUCACUUAAAAGAACAAGAAAAGUCAUACAUGAAGUUUUUACAAAAAAUGCUGGCCCGGGAGAAUGAGGAGGAUGAAGUUGGCACAACUGACUCUGCUGUAGGAUCUGGUUCUGUCGCCGAUAGCACUUCGCUCAACCUAGAUGUGCAGUCCGAAGCAUCAGAUGCAACGGAGGCAUCUCGUAGUCUGAGAGUUCGGCCCCGCAUUGAGGACAAGCUAGGAAAUGCAGCACAGGGCUCUUCAAUUACAUCAACUCCAAAAGGGGAUACUGACAGGCUUGGUCUGAAUGACAGGAGAGUCUUUCAUAGUGGGAGUAAUGGCAAGGAGCAUGGAAUUUCCUCCAAGGAAGGUGACCAGCAUCAAGAUACGAAAGAAGAGUUGGAAAAUCUGAAAAAGCAACAUGAGCUUUUGAAAAGAAUGUUAGAACAGCAGGAACAGUUAAGGACUCUUCAAGGAAGACAGGCAGCACUUCUGGCACUGCAGCAGAAAGCAGAACAAACUGUUGCUGGAAUGGAUGAUUCUGUUGUAGCUGAAACAACCAGUAGUGUUUCAGGUCUAAGUAUUACAUCAGAACUCAAUGAGGAACUAAAUGACUUGAUCCAACGAUUCCACAACCAGCUGCAAAACUCACAGCUUCAGUCUGUUCCAGACAAUAGGAGACAAGCAGAAAGUCUAUCACUGACACAAGAGGUUGCGAGGAGUCGAGAUUCCUCAACUUCAGAACAUCUGUCAGACCAAAAAGUGCAGCUGGUGAAUAAGCUGCAAGUUUUACAAGGGAAGAAGGAGAGAAUGGAUAAACUCCUUGAUGAGUUGCAUUCAUUAAGAGACCAUCAUGUCAACAACAGUUCGAUUUCCACUAGUGCCCCUGGUGUGCCUGGCUCAUCUCACAGAAGUGACGAAAGAGGUUCUGUUUGUGCACAAACAGAUGCUGUUUCAGUGAACAGGGAACCCAACAGCUUGGCAUCCUCGGUAUGCGUUUUGGAUUCCAUUCCCUCACGGCAUGAUAGUGAUGCAGAAGUUCAAGCUAUUCCCAGGAAGAAAUUAAGGAAACUGAAAGAAGUUCACAAGAGGCUAAAUGAAUUACGUGAAUUAAUUGAUUACUACCAGCAGACUUCAGAUAUGAUGACUGAUGCUGUUAAUGAAAAUAAAAAAGAGGAUGAUGAUGAGACUGAGGAAGAGUCUAUGUACUACUCUGAUCAGGAGAAUCCAGAAACUGUCACAAACAUCAGAUACCCACAAAGGGGUAAUUGGACUGAUAUCAGCAGUACUUCCAGGAUGGUGUCACAAAAUGGAGCCAAUAAUUGCAAUGGGAGACUGCUGAACACAGACUGCGAAAUCAAUAAUAGGUCGACAAAUGUACAGUCCUUGAAUGUACUACCUCCAUCAGAUGAACCUCAUCUAAGCUAUGAUGAAUGUUCUCACUACAGCGAUGAGAAAGAUGAAGAGAAGAAUGUUGAUGAAACGCGGGAAGACGAGAUCCAAGGGGAAUGUGAAAGUACAAUGUCUAGUCGCCGAAGUAGUUUUAUGGGAGAAACGGAACAGGAUUUUGAAAUUCAACAAAAAAUCAACAGAUUAAAUGCAGCUAAACAGAAGCUUAAGCAAUUGCAGGAGCUUGUUGCCAUGGUACAAGAAGUCCCAGAUGGAGUUGGUAUUGAUGUAUCUAACUUUUCGGACUUAUCGUUGACUGGAGAUGACCAACACAGAGAGCACCCAAACAAUACCAGAACAAAUACAUCUAAAGAUUCGAGAGAAUUGGCAGUGGAUGAAAAAGAGAGAGACAAGUUCUAUGAAGCUAAAUUUCAGCAACAGCAACAUGAGUUGAAGCAGUUACAAGAGGAAAGAAGGCGCUUGAUUGAAAUUCAGGACAAGAUUAAGCAUCUGCAGAGAUCAUGCCCUCAUUUACAGUUGCCAACAUCAAGUGCAAAAAAUUUAUCGAAAAUUCAAGUUCCCAUUGUUACAUCUACUCCUGCGGUUAGUGUCCAGGGUGCAACAGCAAAGGUAUUGCCUGAUCCAGUGGCAGCUCCACCUCCUGAUAAUGAGCUAUGGUCAGAGAUGCGUAGGCACCAAAUUCUGCGAGAAGAAUUACGUCAGAGAAGAAAACAGCUUGAAGCGUUAAUGGCUGAGCAUCAACGACAAAAAACACUGACUGAUAGCAACUCUGUUAUAGAUUCAUCGGUCAAAAGUGAAGAGACUGAGGCACAUGGCACACAGUAUCUCAGCAGAACUGAAAGGACAAUGGCUACAUGGGGUGGUUCUACCCAGGGUGUAUUAGAUUAUGAGGAGGAGGAGGAUGAUGAUGAGGAUGAUGAAGAGCUACAUAAUGAUGCUGCUAAUGAAGUUGAUGAAGACGAUGAUGACUAUCAAUCUGAGGGGAUUACACAACCAGAGGAAGUUCUUGAGACAAGUUCCCAUGAAACAUAUACCAUGUAUCCCAAUCGUAGCCAGAUUCAAGGAAUACACAAUUCAAGAGAGAGCAAGAACAGAUGGAGGGGCAAACAAAGAUCUUCUGCAAAAAGCAAACAACAGAAUGUUGGCAUGCGCCGACAGGAAAAUAUACGCUGGGCAGCUGAUCUCUCCUAUGUGGAAGAAAGGGAACACUGGCAAGAACAAGUUAAUCAACUAACCAGGCAGUUAGAGUUCAGUACAAAUAUGUGUCAGAGCCUGAUGCAGGACCAGCAAGCACUUUCUUACCUUCUGCAGACAUUUCUCACUGGCCCUUAUAGUGUAAUGCCUAGCAAUGUUGGAUCACCACAAGUUCAUGUCAUCAUGCAGCAAUUAAAUCAGUGUUACUCACAGUUGGCUUGGCAACAGAACCAUGUGCAAAGGCUCAGACAGAUGCUGAAUGACCUUCUGCAUCAACAACAGCAAGACAAAAAGUCAGAAAAUCGAAGAGACAGUAGUGUUCCACCUCCUUCCCCCAACAACUUAAUCUUCCCACCAUUUAACUUUCCUUCUCCAUCCUUUAACCCACUAAACACUCCAAGAUUUCCAAAUUGUUCUUCUUUUGUUCAUGGUUUUAAUGUUAAUCCAAUAUUUCCUCCUGGGUUUAGUGAUGCAUCUCAAAAUAUUAGUGUCCAAAGCAAUGAUCAACAACCACAUUUAAAUGAACACAGCAUUUCUGGAAAAACAGAGUACUUGGCUUUUCCAAAGCCAUUUGAAAGUAACUCUCCAAAAUGUAAAGAUAACAAAUGGGCCCAGAAACAGGCUGGAGAUGGAAGAGAGCAGAGCGAGAUGGCAUGGUUGAAUGAUACAAAAGAUGGAUUGAUGCAAUCACCUAGACAAGGGCAGCAACCUACUUCUCUAUCACAAAUGUGUGUAAACAAUCCAAAGCAACAAACUCCAGGGAAAAAUAGGAAGAAUUUUGAAGAGGAAUCCUUGGAAAGUUUUAGUAGUAUGCCAGAUCCAGUUGAUCCGACAACUGUAACAAAAACAUUUAAAUCCAGAAAAGCCUCUGCACAGGCCAGUCUAGCAUCAAAGGACAAAACUCCAAAAGGCAAAGGUAAAAAGGCCUUUCAUCAGAAGAAACAUCAAGAAAUAAGUGAAGGUUUUGAAUCUGCAAGCAUUUCCAGUGCUAGUGAUUGUUGCGGAGAAAAAGUUUGUCACUCCACACAGACAGAAGAGGUUUUGAAACCUAAAACCUCGAGUACAACCAAAGAUGAAUUGCAAGAAAAGUCAAAACAAAAGAAAUCAGGUGAUCUCUCCUCUGCACACACAAGGGGAGCACUGCUCAAAUCUAACAGAAAUGCAUGCAGUGAAGCACCAGAAACUGGUGGUGACUUUUCACUUUUUGAAGCUCUACGUGAUAAUAUCUACUCUGAAGUAGCAACUUUAAUUUCUCAGAAUGAAUCAAGGCCCCAUUUUCUCAUUGAGCUUUUCCAUGAGCUUCAGUUACUUAAUACUGAUUAUCUUCGCCAGCGGGCUCUCUAUGUUUUACAGGAUGUAGUAACACAACAUCUUUCAGAGAAGAGCUGUAAAGGAGGAGGGCAUGCAUUAUCACAGAGUUCACCUGUGUGGAUGAUAUGCAAUUCAGAACUGACUCCGAGUGAAAGCCUGGCCACAAGUGAUGAUGAGGAGACAUACGACAAGGCUAUUGAGCAACAGACUCUUAUAGAAAUUCAACAGAGUGGAAAUACAGAGUGCAUAGAAUCUUUGGAUAUUGCCAGUUCAUUGUCUACUUCCUCUAAUUUAGAACCAUUUGCCAAUGAUGAUCUAGGUAAUACAGUCAUACACUUAGACAAGGCUCUAUCCCGGAUAAAAGAGUAUGAACGAAUGAAAUUUGAUGUUGAAAAUAAUCAAAUUACAGGUGGCUGCACCAAUGCCAUCGAUUGUGCUGACGGUGGAUUUGCAGCUGAAAACAGUUAUGUAAUGGAUCACAUCACUGAUGCUUCUGACAUUAAUGGCCCCCGCAUCGACACUCAACAACUGGACAAGCAAAUAAAGGCCAUCAUGACAGAAGUAAUUCCAUUUCUGAAGGAACACAUGGAUGAUGUGUGCUCCCUACAGUUACUAACUACUAUUGGCUGCAUGGUGUUGGCACUUACACAACAGAAUGAUGAAAGCAAGGAAUUUGUCAAGUUCUUUCAUAAACAGCUUGGUGCCAUACUUCAGGACUCUCUGGCUAAGUUUGCUGGUCGUAAACUCAAGGAAUGUGGGGAGGAUUUGCUGGUUGAGAUUUCAGAGAUCCUAUUCAAUGAACUUGCAUUCUUUAGACUCAUGCAAGACCUAGAUAACAGUAGUGUGGCAGCAAAACAAAGAUGCAAAAGAAGACUGAAAGAAGUGGCAUCUUUUAAACAUCGUUAUACAACAGAGGAGAAGGCACAUUUCAAAGAGGAUGAUUCCUCUGCAGAAGAGCUUGAAGAUGAAGACAAAGAUAAGGAUGAAAGUGAGAUUGCUAUUGCAGAUAAUCUCAAAGCAAAUGAAUCUGUUGAAGCCGAGAAGUUAAUGAAAAGUGGAUUGUCGGACAGAGAGGAUGAUGAUGCUGAAAGUGAACUCAUGACUGCUAAAUGCGUCUCCAUCAGUCUUUCAAAAGCUGAAACUCAAGCAUUAACAAAUUAUGGAAGUGGCGAGGAUGAGAAUGAAGAUGAAAUAGAGGACUUUGAUGCCUGCAAUAUUGAUGUGCAGACAUCUCUGCAGGCUAAUAUUGAAAUUGCAGAUGAAAAUGAUCAUGAACAGGAUCUUCUUACCAAAACCAGCCAGGGUGAUGUGGUUAAUCAAAUCGAGGACACAGUCGCCGCAGGUGAAAAUGAAUGCGGCAAAACUGCAAAUCUUCCUUUUAAAUCUUCGGCAGUAUCAAAUCAAAUAUUCAGCGAAGACACCAAGAGUUCAAAGCUGCCCUUACCUUUAAGUGAAUAUGCUCCAGGAACAUCGAUGCAGAUGGAAUUAGAAAAUGACCUGGAAGGAUCACCGGACAGUUCAUUGGCUGCCAGCCCUGACACAGAGUCUCCUGUAUUAGUUAAUGAUUAUGAGGCUGGAUCUGGCAAUCUGAGUCAGAAAUCAGAUGAAGAUGACUUUGUUAAAGUCGAAAACCUGCCUCCAAGACUCGCUGUGCUUUCUGAGGUUGAAUUGAUGAAGAGAAUUUCUGAAGAGGAACAAAAUAAUAAUUUAACCAGCAUGCUGCUAGACGAAGAUGGAGCAAAAGAGCUUGCUGGCAGCGUAGACACUCUAAAAGAGCCAGAAAAUGGCGGAGCCCGAAGUGCAUGACUGACGACUUAUUGAUGUUCAUCAUGAUCUUGUUUUUGUUUGGAAUAAGUUAAUGAAAUUUGAUUCCUGUUGAAUGCUGAAAUUGUUGUUUGUUUUCAUUUGGUCUUUCAGUAGAAAUAUUGUCCAUUUUAAAUUGGUCAGUCUAACCAGGCUCUCUUGGUCUACAUUUAGUAUAAGUUGCAACACAUCUCAGUAACUUAAAUAAUUUUAUCUCUGAAUCGGCUGUACUCUAAUUUUUCAAUUUGUAAUAACAAGACCGUGUAAUUCUCUUUUAUACUGAAAUAUAUCCACUUUUAUAAUGAGAGGCUUUGAUUCCAGCACUACUAUAUUUUGUCACCAACAAGUGCAUCACUACCUUCUAAGACUUAUUAUGAUUUACCUAAACUGUAAUUCUGUUUAACCUAUCAUCGUACUAUAUCAACUAUCAGCCUAUUUAAAAUAAAGUUUAAAUGUGCUUGUUCAAGGUGGAGCAUUUUUUGUGACUACUGUAUGUGCAAAUUGUAUUGAUUUGGACAACCAGUACAGAUUGCAGUAAUUGUUAUUUUUUGAUUUGAGGUCCAAUUCAAAGUGAACACAAAAUACUGAAUGGACAAUGAAAGUGAUAUUUUAAAUUCACCGAUUUAUCUAUUGUAGCUAAACUCCCUCAGGUGAGACUAUGCUACUGUUUGUCCACCAUUUUUGCCUGUAAAUUUGAUUUGUCAUUGGAAAGUAGUUUACAUAAGUUGCUUGUGACAAUACAUUUGUGAAUUAGAAAGCCACGGAGCUUACAUAUGUUGUAGAUAAAAAUUCCUUCUGACUUGGACACUGAAUUACUGAUUUUAGACAUAUGGUUUGUUUUCUGCUUUCAUAUUCAAACAUAGAAAUGAAUUAUGUACAGGCAUUGGGAUUGGUAUUAAAUGGAACUACAAACACUGA